GCUUUCCGGUCCUCCCGAGGCGCUGGGCCUGUCCCCCGCCUGCCCUGCUGCCUGCGCCGGCCCCGCUCCCGGGCUGCUGGCGCUGUUCCACUGGUUCCUGGUGCUGCUGGACCGCCUGCUGGGCUGCUGGCAGCUGUCCUGGAACAGGCGGUGGCGUGUGUCCACGUGGCUGGGCCAGGUGGUGCAGCAGCCCUUCAGCCGCGCCUUCCUGCUGCCCCUGGAGUGCCCCUUCGACCCGGCGGACAACGCGGCAAAGAGCCUGGGAUGCGAGAACCAGCCAAAGCACCAGGAGGUGUUCAAGUGGCUGGCGGCGGAGGUGGCGGACUCGCUGCGGCUGCUGCGGGCCACCCGGGCGGUGCAGGACCUUGACGGGGCCAUUCUGGGGCUGUUUGGUCUGGAGGUGGAGCACUUGUACCUGGAGGAGGAGGAGGAAGAGGAGGAGCAGGAGGAGGAGCAGGCGGAAGAACAGGGUGGAGGCGAGCAAGCGGAGGAAGAAGAAGAGGCACAGGAACAUUCGGACCAGCAGCAGCAGCAAGCUGUGGCAGCUAUCUCGCCAGCAGCGGAGGGCGACGCAACGCCUCGGCCGCAGCACCACCGCAAGCACUCUAGCCAGCAGCAGCAGCAGCGACAAGGCAGUCCUGUUGCGUCCCGCUCCCCCUCUAUCACAGCGGCCGGCAGCAGCAGCCCCAUCCCCAGGGUGCGGUCACGGCUGCUAGACCCCACCGAGCUGCAGCAGCAGCAACACCGCAGCAGUCCGCUGGCUCAUGCGGCGCCACCCGCCGCCAUGCAGCACAUAGCAGUGCCCUCUCACACAGACCCUAGCCAGGCAACAACAGCAGCAGCGGCAUCUGGGAAUGCCCCUGAAGUCCCUGCGACUGCCCCUGACUGCGCUGUUGCUGCUGUCGGUAGUGCCAUAGCGGGAACAGGGGCGCCGGCAGGGGAGCCCGGUAUGUUCGAGCAGGACGCAGUGAUGGUGGAGGCGGAGGCAGCAGACGGACCCGUGGGUCGCGGCGGCAGCGGCCGGGCGCUGCUGCGUGCAGCGGACCCGGCGGUGCUGCGCGCCAAUGCGCAGGUGCAGCGGCCGCUGUCGCCGCUGCUGCGCGAUGUGACCAAUGGACUGCAACGGGUCGGCGGCGGAGCCAACGCGGCUGCAGACGCCAAGGGCGCUCCGCCCAGCCAGCGCUCAGCCUCGCCUCCCUCGGCCUCUGCACCUCCUGCCUCCGCUGCCCCGGCGCCCCGGCCCCCUUCCGAGUCGCCCCCCGAGUCCUUCCUGCCCUUUGAGGGCUUGUUCGGCAGCUUCCUGCAGGGAGCCAUGCGCCUGUUCGAUAACGUCGCCCAGGGUGUUGCGGAGCUGGGAGAGGACCUCAACGAGCUGGCCGCCACCACCGCCGCCACCAUCCGCGCCGUCAUCAACGACGACGAGGACCUGCCCUUCCUCUCCUCCACCGCCGCCGCCUCGCGCCGCCUCCGCCGCCACCGACUGCAGCUGCUGCACCGCACACCCGCAGCCACAGCCAACGGCUCUGCCGGUGCUGCCGUAAGCAAUGGGACGGGUAGCGGAGCGCAGUCGCCCGCCUCUACAGCAUCCGGGCAGCAGCCGCAGAAUCGAGGGGCAGCAGCAGCGGCUGCGGUGGUGGAUACGCUAGGGUCACCGCCUGCGGCGGCGGGGCAGGGUUCGGUGGUGGUUCAGUCGCCUGUGCUGUCGCCCACUCGGCCACAGCGGGAGCUGCCGCAGUCAGCACGGCAGACGCCCCGACGAAAGCAGCAGCAAGCUGGUGCGAGGGCAUCGCGAGCGGCAUCGACCAGCAUCCUGACAGCAGCAGCUGCCGUGACGCGGGUUACGCCGCUGGCCGCUGUGGAGGCUGACGCGCCGCAGGAUGGGAUUGUGAACGUGCAGGCGCAACCGCAUGGAUGCGGUGCCGAUGGUAAAGUUGACGGGAAGCCCGGUGCUCUGGAGACGUCGGCAGCAGCGCCAGGUGUGUUGGAGACGCCUACUGAUCCAGCUGGCGUACAGGCUAGUACAGGCAACCCUCCGUCCAUGACCCCCCAGCAGCCGGUGAAGGACACGGCGAACCAUCAGGAGGUUAUGCCCCUGGCAGACAUUACGGAGGCAGCAGCAGCAGCCGUGGAAGCUCUCAGCCUCUCAACAGAAGACAGCGGAGCGGCAGCAGUAGCAGUAGCUGCCAGCCUGCCGCAUGCGGCUCCCACCUCACCCACAGCUCCGCCGGCUGCUGCUGCUGCUGACACUCUGGAGACCCCAAUCAUUAGUUCUCGUCCGGAUGAGGAUCGCGGCGAUGCCGUGAAUGCCGAUGCUGGCGACGCUGGCCAAGACAAGGUCGAGGGCAGCCUUCACGAACCUUGCGGGGAGCAGCCAAGGGCAGUACCCGCUCCGUUGGAUGUAGCAAUGCUCCCCAGCAACGGCCCAUCCGAACUCGACGUCGACUCUUACACACCAGCAGCAGCAGCGGUUGCGGCGGCGGCAGUGGCAACAUCGCCCGCGCUGUCGCUUGCAAGCGGCAGUGCUGGUUUCGGCGCUGCUGUUGGUCUGGUGCGUGUGGGCUCCACCUCGGCCACCUCUACCUGCGCAGCGUCCACCCAGGGCCCCUCCAGCCAUACCUCCCCCGCCUCCUCACCCAUGGCUAGCAGCAGCGGCAGGUCGCCAUCACGCAAGCAGCAGCCCUUUGGACCCAUGGGCCAGGCGCGUUUGGGUCAGGCAUCAUCGACGUGUGAGGGGCCCACAACGCGGAAGGCGCCGCCUCCGCUGCCGCCGCCUCCCCCGCCGCCUGUGGGCGUGGGGGGCUUGCGUGUCAAGAGCGCCGCGUUCCGAAAGGGCGCCCCUCGUGAGGCUCUAUCCAUCGCCGCCGCAGCCGCCAGCCAUGUCGCAUCCCGCUCGGCCGCCUCUCCUUCCUCCUCCUCCGCGCCCACCGCCCCCGCCGGCGCCUCCACCUCCGCUCCCAGCUCCCCGGCGCCCCGCAGCGUGGUGCCGCUGGCCUCGGGGCGGCUGCAGGAGCUCGCGGAGUGCAUAGACCGAGCGGGGCCUGGUGUCACCAUCGACCUGCAGGGGAGGACCUUCUCCGGCCCCCUGGCUGCACCCGCCAUGAAGGUCAGCGCCACGGGGUUGUGGCUGGUCAACGGGCAGCUGGAGCUGCUGCCCGAGCAGCAGCUGGUGGUGGUGGCCAAGGGGGUGCGGCUGCAGGAGCUGAUUGUGAGGGAUACCGGGGCCGGUACUGCCGCCGCGGCGCCGCCGCCGCCGUCACAGCAACCUGCAGGGGUUGCAUCUGUGCCUCCUGUGCAAGCGGGAAGCCCGGUUGCUGGGCCGGCGGCGGCGGCGGCGACCGCUCGACCGGCGGUUCUGGUGACGAAGCAGUCGUAUGCUGGGGGCGGCGAGCUGACGCUGUCGCGGUGUCGGAUGAUACUGGGCCCUGGCCGUGGUAUUGGAAUACAGAUCAAGGGCAAGGGCUGCAGCAUCGUCGCCGACGGCUGCCACGUCAGCGGAUCCGCCAUGGCUGCCGUACAAGCCUCCGACGCCACCCUAACGCUCACCGGCUGCACGCUGGAGGGCGGGUCGGGACAUGGGCUGUGUUGCCGAGACAACGCCGUCGCCAACGCCACUGACUGUUGCUUGAGCCGCUUUGACGGCGCAUGUGCUGCGGUCCGUGCGGGUGCUUCGCUGGAGCUGUCGAACUGCACCCUAACAGGUGUUGGGGCGGCUAAGGGAGGAGGUGAAUGCAGGGACGGCGAAUGUGGUGACGACGGUGAUACUCGGCGCCUGAGCAGUGGCGGGUGCAGCACGGAUGGCCAUGCCGCCGCCACGACCGAGAGUACGGCGGGCACAGGCGGCAGCGGCGGUGUGGGGUUGCUGGUGGAAGGCAAGGGAUCGGCGGUGGUGGCCCGUGGGUCAUCGCUGAGCGGGUUUCGGAGCAAGGCCGCAGUGGUGGUUACGGUGGGCGCCACGGCGAACCUGGAGGAGUGCAAGGCGACGGACAGCUUGCAAGGAGCACUGGUGGGCACCCGCGGCGGGCGGCUGCUAGCCAUCCGCUGCGAGCUCUCCCGCCACAGCGGCGAGGGGCUGGUGAUCGGCGAGGGAGCCACCGCGGACCUGCGACACUGCAGGCUGCAGGGCAACAUCGCAGCGGGGGUGCGGGUGGGCGGCGUGGGGUCCAUGGCAGUCAUGCGGGGCUGCGAGGUGGCGAGCAACGGUGCAUGCGGGGUGGCGGUGGAGGCUGCUGGGUGCGCUAGCUUGGAUGGGUGCAACGCGG